AUGUCAACUCCUCCUCCUCCAUCAGAUCGCGGCCGCCUAGACUCAAAACCAAAUGCCGAAAGCAGUGGCACUGCUAUGCGACGAAUGCGAACUAGGGCUAGUGAUGUGGCACAUCCAGCAGCUUUCGACGUCGACGCCGUCGACAGUCUCCUGUUGAGGGAGCUGCAACACCCCCAGCGUGAAAGCACUCCCGGAGCCAGUCCCCAUCGCAAACGCCAGAGGAUUAAUGGCGAUCGUUUCAUCCCUACUCGCACUGGCCAGGAUUUGCAAGCCAGCUUUAGCCUUCUACAUGAAGAUGCCUCUCCCGCUACACCGUCAAGGCAUAAGAAAAGGACGCCACAAGGCGAACUUCAUUUCCAGAAGACCGAAGAAGCCAAUCGCACAUUCUCAACACUGUUGCGUGCGGAAUUAUUUGAGGGAUCAGUGCCACAGAUGACACCCGCUCUCUCACCAGACAGCAACCUGGCAACCUCCUCGCUCGUCAGUGUUCAGGAUGGCACACGGUCUCACACUCCUCCCAGCCACAACUCUGUAGUAACCCUGCCUUCAUCACUCACCCCAUCAACCCCCCACAAGAACCUCUUCUCAUAUCUCUCACCACGCCAACAUGGUCAUCCUGUGGGCCAUCUUACUCCCUCAAAAACCCCGCAGAGUCGGCAUGGCCCGAAUUUGGACACAAGAGCAGAGAUCUACAGUCUAUCUCCUGUGCGUCUCGGCAGUCAGCAGAUGCUCUUGAGUCCACGUCGCCAGCCCAGAGCGGUCAGCAAAGUCCCCUACAAAGUCCUUGACGCUCCCGAGCUGGCAGACGACUUCUACCUCAACCUGGUUGAUUGGGGGAGUGCAAAUGUUCUGGGGGUCGGGCUGGGAUCCAGCGUUUACAUGUGGAAUGCACAGACCUCCAAGGUUAAUAAGCUGUGUACUCUGGAAGAUGAUACCGUAACAAGCGUAUCAUGGAUACAAAAGGGCACUCAUCUUGCCAUUGGAACCGGGAAGGGCCUCGUUCAGAUCUGGGAUGCCGAAAAAGCUAGAAGAUUAAGGACCAUGACUGGACACACGGCACGAGUUGGAUCCCUGGCGUGGAACUCACAUAUCCUGACGUCUGGUUCCCGCGAUCGACUGAUUUACCACAGAGACGUUCGAGCACCAGACCAGUGGCUCAAAAAGCUUGUCGGGCACAAGCAAGAGGUCUGUGGUUUGAAGUGGAACUGCGAAGAUGGGCAGUUGGCCAGCGGUGGCAAUGACAACAAGUUGAUGGUCUGGGACAAGCUCUCAGACACGCCACUGUGGAAAUUCUCAGAUCACAAUGCCGCCGUCAAGGCCAUUGCAUGGUCACCGCACCAACGAGGCUUACUUGCCUCGGGCGGCGGUACAGCCGACAGACGCAUUAUCUUUCACGACACAGUUAAAGGAACCGUUGUUAACGAAAUCGACACCGGAAGCCAGGUGUGCAAUCUCGCUUGGUCCAAAAACUCGAACGAGAUUGUCUCGACACAUGGCUACAGCCAAAACCAGAUUGUUGUGUGGAAGUACCCGUCCAUGACGCAAGUAGCCAGCUUGACGGGACACACAUACCGCGUUCUAUACCUAGCAAUGAGUCCCGAUGGCCGUGUCAUCGUGACGGGAGCUGGUGAUGAAACCCUGCGGUUCUGGUCCGUAUUCGGUCGACGGCCCGGCACUCGCGAGGAUGGUGAGACUGGAGGCGGCAAAUUCGCUGACUGGGGCAUCAUUCGGUGA